AAAAACGACAUUGCGCAUGAGUGUAAGAUCCGUCGAGAGCCCUAUGGCAUAUAAACCGAUGGUACCGCGCGGAAACGGUUUCAUUUUUGUCGGUGAUACCAUGCGGUAAUAGUGAAAAAUGUGUUUGAUUUUGAUUCUAGGCAUUGUGCAUAGUUUCCUGCUGACUUCAUAUGGAUAUGGAUCUGAAAAUAACAGCAACGUAACUGACCCCGCCAUCGAGUGGUUUGAACAACUAAACGUGGAAUUAAAACAGCUGAACCACGAAGCGGCCACGUACGCCUGGGAUUCGAGCACAUUACCCACACAGAUGGCAACGGUGGAUAAAAUAAUCCAACUGACGAGGCGGAAAUCCCACUGGGAGCGCACCAUGUGUAACCGGGGGCUACAGCACAGAGAUUUCAAUGCGAGCCUGGACAGAGCAUUCCAUCUUGUGUGUCGUACGCCACAGUAUUCGGACGACGAUAUAAGUGAGAUAGCAAAGCUGCUGGGCUACAUGCAAGGGAUUUACACCGAGACGCAAAUCUGUUUGGACGACGUUGCAGACAUUUGCAAACGGAAUGGUUUGCUUUGGGCGAAAACUUCCUUUCAGUAUCCACAAUUUACUUCGGAAGAGAAAACCGAUUUGAAAAAGAACGAACAUGCCAGAGAUAGAAUUUGCUUGUACGGGGAACCGGAGAUGGAACAAAUAAUGACAGAAACGUCGUCUCUGAUUGCUGGUAAAAGUAAUUGUUCAAUUGCCCGAGAAAGCUUACACAGCUGGGCGUGGCAGUCGUGGAGACUCGCCGUCGGGCCACCUAUGAAAGAAUCCUACCGAAAAUUGAUUGAUCGCAUGAAUAGCGGAGCACGUAGACUUGGCUACACAGACAUCGGAGAAUCGUGGCGGGCUGAGCUGGAAACACUAAAUCUUAGGCAACUGGUCCAUCGACUUUGGAUGCAGGUUAAGCCACUCUAUCAAAAACUACAUGGAGUUGCCAGAUAUUUCUUGAGACGAAAGUAUCCCGAGAUAGAGAGUUUCAAUCCUACCGGGUUGAUACCGGCGCACAUUUUGGGAGACAUGUGGAGUCAGAACUGGGAAUCGUUGGCGGAGCUAAUAUAUCCCCACCAGGUCGAUAUUGAGCAGAAUCUGGUGCGGAAGAACUGGACCGGUGAACAGAUAAUCAAACGCGCGGAGGAUUUCUAUUCAUCGAUGGGAUUGCCGAUGAUGAGUAAAACAUUUUGGGAAAAAAGCAUUUUCACACGAAGCACGAACGUUACGAAAUGCCAUGGGACUGCUGCAAAUAUGUAUGAUAAAGGAGACUUCAGGAUGAUAGUCUGCGCCGGGAGUUCAAUGAAUGAUUUCUACGUCGUCAUGCACGAAAUGGGCCAUAUCAUGUACUACAUGUUGGCAUCAGUUCAGCCAACAGUUUUUCAGGAUGGAACUAAUUCAGCAUUUCAGGAAAGUAUCGGAGAUACGAUCUACCUAUCAGCAAUAAACCCUCUACAUCUUACCAGGAUUAACCUAUUGAACUCGACAUUCCUGUCCCCGGAAGAUGACCACAAUCUGAACUCGUUUGAUUAUGCCCUGCUCCUGAGGACGGCAUUGGUGAAAAUCUCUUCCAUUCCGUUCUCCUACAUCAUGGAUCGCUACCGUUGGGCUCUGUUCGAUGGCUCCGUAGACUUCGAUGCCGAAGCCAAUAACUAUUUCUGGUAUCUAUUGGAAAAUGAACAAGGCAUCAAACCACCCACAAAAGUGGAUCGGAGUCAACUCUUCGAUGCAGCUGCCAAAUACCAUUUUCCGGAUAAUACACCCUACGUGCGGUACUUCCUGGCAAACUUUUUGAGCUUCCAGAUUUUCGAAGGACUUUGUAGGAAAUCGAUUUUUGGCAGUGUUGACUCGCCAAAUGAACUGCCCAUGCCUUUGCAUCGGUGCGAUUUGUAUGGCUCGAAACGAGCUGGGAGGCUGUUGCAAAAAGCAUUGAGUUUAGGAGGCUCUCAGCAUUGGACCGCGGUUUUGAAGAUACUGACGGGGACUGAAAAGAUAUCCUCUGAUGCAAUGUACCGGUACUUUGAACCGCUGAUAGAGCUGCUCGAUAAAUUGAUUCAGCGAUUGGAUAUACCCGUGGGAUGGUAGACUUAAUCAGUGUAAAUAUUCACCAAAAUGUAAAAUAGUUAGAUAGUGGAUGCAAUAUAUUUAUGUGGUUGCUGCUCUCUUUGCUACAGUAA